UCUUUUUGAGGCACAAAGCCUCAUCGAUCGGCUAUUGUCAGAUAUUUCCAGGCACAUCGAGUACCGCAACAUUUAAAUCGCCUUGUUAUAGUUGCGUCACGGAAAGUUAAGUAAUUGCCAUUUGGUAAACCGGAAGAAAUCCGUAAAGCGAACACCCAUAUCACAGAGGUCACGUGACCGUUGAUUUCGAUGGAUAAAUUACUGCAACGAACAGAGUAUUUUUAAACUAACGGCAUUUAUUAUUCUCGUUUUGAUCAAUUAGAAUUCGAAAAGACAACGCCACACACGAUAAGAGACUCGAAUGAUUUUCAAAUAUCACUCAAAAAUACGUCGGUGUGCAGGUAUGUAUUCGCUCUUAUCAUACUAUAAAAAAAAUAUCUUCAGCAUUACCGGUUAGUUGAUGGAUGAUCGGUUCAGAGUCUAAAGUUGUCAGUGACAGCUGCGCUGACAAGUGUACUUGAUAACCCGAACGGAAGAGAAACGCAGGAAGUAGAAAAAAGUAGGCAAAAUUAAUUAACCCUUUGCCUCGGUUGUUUACAAAAUAUCCGGUUCCUGACAGGCCUUCGGAGCCAACGAGUUCAGGCGAACAGGCGAUGCUGCGCGCGCAUUAAUAACACGCCGCCGAUAGGGCCGUGUCAUUCUCAAAUUUUCCGACUCGUUAUCUAAGAAGUUUCACGACAAUUUCCAUAAACAAAUCAUUUUUAUAUUAUAAAUUGUACACACUUGUUACAAAAACGAAUGGAUGAUAUACCAAACUGUAAAGACAUUAAAGGAUUUACAAAGAUAUUCUCACCAAUUUCCUGUUUUUUAGAUGUAUAUUGGAAAAUUUUUAUUUUACAUAAAAAUCCGUUGCUUAACAGUUACAAAUGUUAAUAGUGCAUUGCAAAGGCAAUCAAAUACGUAAAACUGCAAUACUAACUUGUAGAUUCAUGUUAUCAUGAUUUUAAUCUAGUAAAGUUUGCAAAAUCUAGAUUCAUAAAGCCAUGUACAUAAGCAUAUCAACACACAAACUUUUGUAUGAAGUAUCAGUGUAAUUUGAGUUUCUUCGGUGAAAUCUACUAUUCUCUGUUCACAUUGUGCGCGGAAUUGAAGAAUGGAAAAUUUGCGAUAAGUCCGGUGGGAAGAAGAUCGCAUUAUACGAGGUUGAGAGUAUGAGCUGCGGGUCGCGAAUGCACAGGCAGUUUCGAUAUAGAACUCGAGGCGCCCUUACCAGUGUUCUCGUAUCGGACCGGUAAGUUGCGACAAUUUGGAGGUUUUUAAAAAACCGGGGACUGCUGAUACGGUGUUUGACAACUUCGUGAGGCAUCCUGGCAAACUGUUGUCGACGGACGUGCAGGAGUGCAGAAGCGAACGAACGAUUUUUUCAUAUCUGAUGAGCUCCUCCGUCGUACCGCUGGUGGUAAGAUGGCUGUGCAGCUGGACGGAGGAGGGAAGGAGGACUUGAAAACACAAUUUGUCACGCGGGAAGGAACAUACAAGCUAAUGACUCUGUCGGAGUAUUCGAGGCCAAACAGGGUCGGCUAUACGAACAGUCAGGGAAGUGCAUCCGUUCGGGUGUCUUUUGUAACUUUACCGGACCCAACGGAUCCGACGGGUACGCAAGGUCUCGGCGACCGAAUGUGUUUCAACUUUGGCAAAGAGCUCUACGUUUACGUGUACCGCGGUGUCAAGAAGGCUGUGGAUUUGAACAAGCCAUUGGAUAAAAAGUUGUAUAAAGGAACUAAUCCAACUUGUCACAAUUUUAACCAAACAACAGCAACUGCAGACAGUGCGCCGUUAUUAGUUGGUUUCUCAACAGGACAAAUUCAGUUGAUCGAUCCAAUAAAAAAGGAGUUGAGUAAAUUAUACAAUGAAGAUAGGUUGAUAGACAAAAGCAAAGUAACAUGUAUAAAAUGGGUUCCUGGCUCCAAUAACCUCUUCUUAGUAUCGCAUAGUUCUGGGCAGCUAUAUUUAUAUAAUGAAGAACUUUUGUGUGGUACAACAGCACCCCACUACCAGUCCUUUAAAUCAGGAGAUGGCUAUGCUAUUUACACCUGCAAGACUAAGUCCACGAGGAACCCCUUAUACAGAUGGGUCAUAGGUGCAGAAGGAUGCUGCAUAAACGAAUUUGCCUUCAGUCCAUGCGGCUCCAAUCUAGCCGUAGUUUCGCAGGACGGGUUCCUACGUGUAUUCCAGUAUAACACCAUGGAAUUAGUGGGCUCGGCUAGAAGUUUUUUCGGCGGAUUUCUGUGCGUAUGUUGGUCACCGGACGGAAGAUACGUCGUUAUGGGAGGCGAAGACGAUCUUGUGACAAUUUGGAGUUUUCACGAGAAAAGAGUGGUAGCGAGAGGUCAAGGACACCAUAGUUGGGUAAGCGUAGUAGCCUUUGAUCCAUACACCACGUCUUACGGUGAUCACGAUCCUGACUUCAGCGGAUCAGACGACGAAACGUUACCACACAAUAAUCAUAAUCACUUCUGCGAAAAGUCUAAUCGUCUGUCCACGACCUCUCAAGGAGUUCAUUCUAACAGAAACUCUUGUGGAUCAGAGUUGAGAGUGUCAGGUGGCACGUGCUACAGGCUUGGUAGUGUGUCACAGGAUACUCAACUGUGUUUAUGGGAUAUUACCGAAGCUGAAUUAAGACAAAAACCAAUGUGCACGAAGCAGAGACCCUCCGUAGUAGGUUCUAGUAUUCUUCCUACGCCGGGAGCAGUCAACAGUGGGAAUGGUUCGACGGCAAAUCAUCAUUUGAACAAUUCUAAACACAAUAAUUUGAAUAAUGUUAAUUACAAAGAGAAUGUGAGUGGUAACAAUGAAAGUAGUAACAAUAGCACAAGUACAAACACUGCAGUGUCAACUGUAAAUUCGUUGACACAAAGGUUAGCAGGUCUUGGUUUCGGUGAACGUAAAGGUGAUAAUCAUAAAAGGAACUUUAGCCUCACAAUGAGAGGUAGUGGUGCGUCUAAUAGCACAAUAAUGCAAAACAGUGGCGGCGAUAAAGCUGCCACUAACUUAAAUACGAGUAGUAAUAUGAACAGUGUCAGUGGAAGUUUAGUAGGUGCGAAUAAAAAGGUUAGUUCUGUGAUGGAUGAUUCUAUGAGGUUGAUAGGAACUGCCCUGUGUCCUAGGUUCGAUCAGUGCCCAGUAUUAGAACCACUGGUGUGCAAGAAGCUGGCGCAUGAAAGAUUGACUGAGUUAGUGUUUAGGGAAGAUUGUUUCGUAACAGCGUGUCAAGAUGGAUACGUCUACACAUGGGCAAGACCUGGUCAAAUGGUAGGUCCUCUCACCAUCAGCAGCACUCUGCACAGGCCACACCAUCAUAGCAAUCCUUACACCAAUAUUACUUCCUUGCGAUCUAACGAUCUAUGAUGUAACCCAUCUUCAACUGUUGUUGCAACUUUAUGAAGUAGGGUCUUUUUAGUGACAAAUUCCAAUUUGUAUAUAAGUAGAACAAGAAGAUACAACCAUUAUCGUUAUCGAACGAAAUGAAUAAAAGAUAUGAUAAUGCUUUGGACAAUUUUUCUAUUGUUAUCGUUGAAUUGUGUUAAGUGGUAAAUGCUCUUUUCCACACCCAAGUUUAUUGAACAUGAAGAACAUGUGGGGUGUAGUUUUGUUAUUUUCCAACUUUGGUAUUAUAAGAAGUACUGUCCUUGCGGCAUUGUGUGUGUUAUAUAUGUAUAUAUACAUGUGCUGAUUUUGAUAGAUUUUUAUUUGAGGAUUACAUAUAUUUCUCAUAUUUACAAAUCGAAUCCUAGUUUACAUUUUAUCCAAAGCAGUGUAUAUUAUGAAUGGUGCCAUUGGAAAAUAUUGAAAACCUUUUAGCAUUAUCUUGUAGUCUGUAUUACAUAUCAAUUACAGAAAUGUACGGAUGGAUAGUACUAUGAAUGCAUAAACUUGUAAUAUUUGGUCAGGUGUCAUUAAGGAAUUGAAUUUUUAAUCUUAUAUACAAUUAUGAAAUUGCCAUAGAAACAAGUUCAUUUUACAGAAAUUUUUAAAGAAUUUUCACUUCGAUUAAAUAGAACAUGUGUACACAAGUAGCAAAUAGUACGUACAAUAAGAAAUAGAGAUACAUAUACAUUCAUAGUACAAGCCUCCAUUUAUAUCUGUGCCUAAAGAUCAUCUGGUCAAAAUAUAUUCACUAUGAAUAUUGAAGAAGUACAUUAGUAUAAUUAUAAAUAGAAUAUAUUUAUGUUUGGUUUGCAUCAUUGAGAGUAACAUUGUUUGCGCCCCAUAAGAUUUUGUAACAGGGCAGGCCCCUUAAACCCUUCUUUCUUUCCUGUAAAGUGUUAUUAGCUUAGCUUAGCGAAUGAUAGAAAGUCAAUGAAUUACUUAGUCAAACUAUUGUCCCAGAUUAUAAUAAUGUGACAUUUAAUCCUUUGUUGAAAACAAUGAAUUGCCUUGUUGUACAAUAAAGCAAAACAAUUGAAUGAAA